AGGCUGAAAGACAGAGUUGAGACUCUUCUGGGAAGCUGGCAACAAAAGGAUGAGAUGAUAUGUGCAUUCCAGGGAAAAAUAUAUUGUAAUGCUUCUGAACCAAUGGACCAUUAACAAGGCCAUUUCUAGCUGCUGAAUGUGUUGUCUAAAAGCAGGACUGUAAAACUUUGGAAUCAUGGUGUCAUGGAAAGGGAUUUACUUUAUACUCACUCUGUUUUGGGGAAGCUUUUUUGGAAGCAUUUUCAUGUUGGGUCCCUUUUUACCUUUGAUGUUUGUAAGCCCUUCUUGGUAUCGCUGGAUCAACAACCGCCUUGUGGCAACCUGGCUCACGCUACCUGUGGCAUUGUUGGAGACCAUGUUUGGUGUAAAAGUGAUAAUAACAGGUGAUGCAUUUAUCCCUGGAGAAAGAAGUGUCAUUAUCAUGAACCAUCGGACAAGGAUGGACUGGAUGUUCUUAUGGAAUUGUCUGAUGAGGUAUAGCUACCUCAGAUUGGAGAAAGUUUGCCUCAAAGCCAGUCUCAAAAGUGUUCCUGGAUUUGGUUGGGCAAUGCAAGCUGCUGCCUAUAUCUUCAUUCAAAGGAAAUGGAAGGAUGACAAGAACCAUUUUGAAAGCAUGAUUGAUUAUUUUUGUGAUAUCCGUGAACCACUUCAACUUCUCAUAUUCCCAGAAGGGACUGAUCUUACAGAAAAUAGCAAGGCUCGAAGUAAUGAUUUUGCUGAAAAGAAUGGACUACAGAAAUAUGAAUAUGUCUUACAUCCAAGAACUACAGGCUUUACUUUUGUGGUAGACCGUCUAAGAGAAGGUAAGAACCUGGAUGCUGUCCAUGACAUCACUGUGGCAUAUCCUCACAACAUCCCCCAGACAGAGAAGCACCUCCUCCAGGGAAACUUUCCCAAGGAGAUUCACUUUCACGUCCACCGAUACCCAAUAGACACCCUUCCCACAUCCAAAGAGGACCUUCAACUUUGGUGCCACAAACGGUGGGAAGAGAAAGAAGAGAGGCUGCGUUCCUUCUAUCAAGGGCAGAAGGAUUUUUACUUUACUGGACAGAGUGUAAUUCCACCUUGCAAGUCUGAGCUCAGGGUCCUUGUGGUCAAAUUGCUUUCUAUACUGUAUUGGACCCUGUUCAGUCCUGCAAUGUGCCUGCUCAUAUACUUGUACAGUCUGGUCCGGUGGUAUUUUAUCAUCGUCAUUGUAGUCUUUGUGCUUCAAGAGAGGAUAUUUGGAGGACUGGAGAUCAUUGAACUUGCAUGUUACCGUUUGUUACACAAACAGCCACAUUUAAAUUCAAAGAAAAAUGAGUAAGAUUAUAUAAGGUUCGCAAUGUAAAAACCUAGCGGUUAUUUUGGAAAUAUUUGAAGUCUUUGUAAACUGAGAUGCAUUUUUGCAUGACUAUGUCAUAUUUCUUACUACCCACCAUUAUUUGUUAAAGAUAUUUUGCACUUAAUUUUGUGGGGAAAAUAUUGCUACAAUUUUUUUUUAAUCUCUGAAUGUAAUUUCAAUACUACGCACAUAACAGGGAGUAUUGCUGUGAAAUAAUUUGGGCCAGAGUAUUAUUAAAUAAUCAGCAGGCUGUUAAUAGACAAGGUACACACAAUUUUUCUUAAAGGCCCAAUCCUAUUUCCUGAUAGACUCCCCAGACCAGAGGAGAUCAGAGCCUGGUGGUGAGCUCUGUCUGGCCCAGAUCACCUGCUGGUACUUGACUGCCGAGGCCACCUUGUGGAGGUAGCGUCCUUCCUCCAGGGACCCAGGCAGGUAAUCCCAGGCUUCCUCCCUCAGUCCUGUCCACCUACUCCUUUCUAUGCCAAUCAGACCCAUCUCAUCCUUCCCUAAGAUCGGAAACCAAAUUCUCUUGUCCUUAAACUGAUCAAACACUUGAUAGGAAGCACUUCAUUAUUCGUAAAUCUGUGCUGACCUAGGGGUCAGAAGACCACCUGUGCCCUUUUCUCAUGUAGAAAUUAAGACCUGGACGUGUCUCAGGGAGCAACCACAGACUCUCCACUUUGGAACUUUACUUUGACUUUUAAGAGACAGGCAUUAAUGCAAUUUAAGUUCUUAUGCUCGGUCUUGCAUGUUUAGUGCUGGUUUCCUUAUGACGUGUUGGCAGGUGUCCUUUUUGCUGCAUUGAAAACGGUAUACAUGAAGUCACAUACUUUUUUAAAGGAACACUUAGAAGAACAUUUUGUUUUUGUAGUCAGAAACCCCCUUUUGAAAUAUUUCUUGAAAAUCUACCAAAAGAAGGGAGAUUAGUGUAUUUUUUACACAUGCAUGGGUAUCCAACUUUUGCUGUUAACAACCACUACAAAAAUGCAUAUAGGCAGGGCAGUAAUGGUUCAUCCUAAAUAUCAACCUUUGUAGUCUUGACAAAUUUUAUGCUUAAAAUCAAAAUGAUAACACAAGGGUGAAUCCUUCCUACUGUUAGCAAGGGAUCUUUCUCUCUCCCUCUUUCUAGUCCCAGGCCUUCUCUUUCAAUAUCAAUGCUUAAACCCAUCUUUGACCAUUUCUUCACCUAAGUAUUCCUGUCAUUUGGAGUCAAUGGAAAAUCCAGCGAACCAAGAGCACCAAUCUCCUUCUGAGGCCAAAGAAGCAAACGAGUUGUCAUUGUUUCCACUCCACCAGAGCUAUGCAUCCCUGUUUUUGUCAUGUGAUAAGGAUGCUGGUCAGGGCUGUAGAAAACAGGAGGCAAUUAAAAGUCUUUAGCUGUUAGCAAAUCUGUCAGCUUUUUGCCUGUGUUGAACCAGCCUGAAAAACUAUUUACCGCUUUAUGCACUCUGUGGGCAUGAGUGCAUUCUCUUUAAUGACACCUCAUUUUUGCUUGCCAUUGACUUUUAUCCAACAAUUGAAUCGCACAUUUCAUGAAAGGUAAACACGUCAUGAGUUGAACUUAGCAAGCAGAUUCUUUGAGAAAGCGCUGGUUGAGGCAAAACACUGUUGACACAUCAUUUUCAUUGGAAGAGUAUUAACUAAAUACACCAGUCAUAUUUAACUGCUUCCUCCAAGCUGUUUUGGGAACUACUAAUUAGUUAUUAUGCACAUCUGAUCCAAACUCAGCUGUUUAACUAUGUGGGUCUUAAGGUUUUCUUUCUUUUUUUUUUAAUAACUUUUUUCCCUUCCCUUAAUAAAAGAAGUUUCUAAUUUAAGUUUCCGUAAGACUUCCUUUGAUUAUAUUUAGAAAGACAAAAAUAGUUUAACAAUCAGGAUCACCCUGGGUACAAGAGAAGAGCUAUACUUUCUACCCAAAGGUGCUCAUAAUGCAGCCCAUCUGCUCUUCCGUAAAACACACAUGGUUCACGGUUCAAAGCAUAACUUUCAUUUAACUGCAUGUCCACUUUAACUCCCCCAAAUUUCUAAAUGGUAAAAUCUUUUUCCUUAAAUUUUUUUUGAUCAUAGAAACCAUGUUUAAAAUAAACUUUAUUUUACCUACCCCAAAUUCAUAGUUAUAAAGCAUUGAAACUGGGUGAUAUAGAUAUUGUAUUUACUUUACAAAUUAGAAAUUAACUCCCACAAAAAAUGUCUUCUUUUUUUUGCUUUAAGGCUUUAAAAAUUGUAAUUAUUUGUGUUUCCCUAAAAACAAUAUUAAGGCCUUUCUUCAUUUAUUAAAAAAAUUAGAGAACUAGACAGUCCAUGAUUUAGAACUUAGAAGUACUUAAAAUUGAUACUGAAAUGUCAAGCAUAAGUUAAUUUAGCUUUUGUGAUUUGUGAUUGGCCUCAAGAACGAUCCCAUCCACACUUUGCCACAUCAUCAGUCUAGCCUUGGAGUAGCCGCCUGACCUGCUGCACCUAAACACACUUCUGCUUCAUGCCCUUUUGGUCCCGAAGGUAAAGCAGUGGUCAUUGAGCUGUGUGCCCACCUGUUACUGUAUCAACACAGGCUGGCGGGCAAGCCAUCUCUAGUAACAAAAAUAUGUGUGUUUAUGACGUGAACCAUUAUACUUAAAAUAGGAAUCUGCAGGGGCUAGGUGAAAGAAGUUCUUAUACCAGACAUCUUUGGUGAAACAUGCCAAAGUAAUUUUAAAAUCCAUUCAAAGACCCUGGUAAAAGACUAAAAAUAAAUUUUCAAUGUUAUAAAUAGCCUAUACUUUAAGACUCCUAAUAAAAUCUUUCCUUGUUUGUUAUGCUUUUAAAACACAGAUUAGAGGGAAAUAAUAGAUUCUGCCAGAGUUACUUUGAAAUUAGUUAUUUGAACAUGUGAAAAAUAGUAUAUUGGUAGCCAAAACUGAAUUUUACAGAAAGGGAAACAUUCUCGUUUCACCCGAACUUCCAGUUCUGACCCUGAGCACAAUGUCCUUGUGUAUACUUUUACGAUAAAGACUCUAGUGGAGGGAGCCUGUUGGUGGUCAACUGUUUACAUUUCCUUAUAUAAAUAAUGUGCUUUCAGUGCCUUAGUUAUGGGCCCCUUUCUCUUUCUUGUUCCAAGAACUCUGCAGUGUGUUUCUUAGGUAAAGUCUCUUUGCUACUCAAUGGGAGGAAAAUGGUCUCUAAACACUGGUCAUUGUAGUUGGUGAACACUACUUUGUUAUAACACGAGGUGAGGAGUGCUUGCUGCUGAGGUAGUGGCUGCCUUAGAGCUGUUAUUUAUGCUAUAGAAAAUGAAAAUGAUUUUGCCACACGAUGAGCUUCAGAUUAGUUGUGGCCCUAAAGUUAUACCUACUUUAAACGUUUAUUUCAGAAGAGAAUCGUGAUUUUUUAAAAGAUCAUUACGUGUAAAACACCAAGUUUUAAAAAUAACUCACAGAACGGCCUUAGUUUUCGAUGUCCACGGAUAUGUUUGUGAGUUGUGUUAUCUGUAACAUAUGUACAUCCCAGAAUAAAGUGGAGUGAAUUAAAUAGUUUA